UCUACGUUAUGAAUUUGUGUGUUUUUUGCUUCUUCUCUCGCUGUGUUGUUGUUUGUGUGUAGUCGCAGCAGUGUAGAGUGUGUGUUAUACUUGGCGUGUUUUUUCCCUUCUUUCUAUAUUCAUCAUCACUAUCAUCAUCAAUUUCUCUCUGGUCAUCGGUCGUGUGGUAAAUGGCGAAUGAAAUAUUCGGGUUUAAUUUUUUCAUUCCUCUCUAUCUCUCUCGUUGUGUAUCUUGGCUUUGGUUGUCUUGAGUGUUGAUUCUUUCUUUCAUUUUUUUUUAUUCUGUGGUUGUGUUGUUGUUUGAUUUCUCAUUCACUCACUUCCACUCUAUAUCUAUCUCUUUUCAAUAUACGCUUCGCAAACAUACAGCGAGCACAGCGAGCAGCGCUUCGAUACAGAAAUCACAUCCUUUUCGGUAUGUGGCCAUCGUUGUCGUUCUUUGUAAUUUGACGAUUAUAAACUGAAAAUUCGUCCAAAAUUCGUGUUAUAGAUUUGGUUUUUUUUUUGGUUUCUGUUUCUAUCCUGAGUGUGCCGAAUGGUGAAAGAAAACUAACAUAGAAAUAAAAAUCAUAGAGAAAAACGCGACAAAAACCGAAAUCGAUUUAUUCACGACAAAAAAAGUAAGAAGAAAAAACAACACAAGCAGCAGCACUACUACUAUUUGCAAGCAGCGGUGAUUUAAUUGAGUGCGUUUGGUGGUGAUACAAAAAGUGGAAUUUCGAUAGUUUUCGCUUCGUGACCAAUCAACAACAACAACAAAACAACGAGUGUUUUCGUGAAUUUGUUUUGAUUUCGGUGGAAAAUUCAGUGAAUAAUCAUUUACCACACACAAUUGAAUGUAUGCAUAUACACACACUAAAUAACAUGCUAAAAGUAAUAAAAUGCUAAAAAGCAGAAACAAAAACCCAAAUACUCCAAACGAAAUGCUAGAGAGAGUGUGAAAGAAAAAAAACACAUCAAAUCCAUCGCAUUCAUUCAUAUGUAAAACGAAACACGGAGGAUUAACAAAAGAAACUGGAUACAAGAAAGAAACAAAAACACAAUUCCAUAGAGAAUAAAUCAAGUGUAAAGAAUAAUGUGAAGCAUUUUUCGGAGGUAUUUUUGUAAGAGUGUAUUUGCAUGAACAGUUAAAUGGAUCACCGAGUGUGUUUAUUUUUAACUCAACAUUAAAUCAUCAGAGUAUAAUUAAAAGUGAAGUGAAAAGAAAACCACUGAAUAAUUGUGCAAAUUUCGUAAACAAACAUUUUCUAUUCUUCAUAUUGAAUUUGAGACAUUUUGAAGUGCCGAAAGAAAUACUUGGUAGCGAGAGAAAGAGAGAAGAGAAAGACUCUGUGCAAAUCAAAACAAAUCAAUGGUAAAGUGAAUUACACAUCGAGAGAGAUUGACAGAGUGAGAGAGAAGGAGAGAGAGACAGAGAGCGAACCAUUUGAAGGGAUUCUUAUAUAGUUCCAAUCGGCGCUAUUGCCAUUUACCACUUUUUUCUCCUCUAAAUGUUUCUGUGUCUUCGAUUUUUUAAAAGCAUAGUUUUAACGACGAUACUUAUACUCGAAUUUGGUGUUGAAUAAAAGUUACAACUACUACACGAAAAAAAAACGAGCAGCGAAAAAAAAGAACAGUGAACAGCAUAAGAACAUACAGACAUUAUAAGAACGAAUGUGUAAUCAAUGCGGUGCGAUGGUGUAAAACUUGUUUAUGGUUUCGAGUGCAUCAAAAUGGACAGCGAUUGUCUAGUUUAAAUGCAGGGAGUAACAUAAGAGUGCGUUUUUUUUUUGAAUGAAAAGGCAUUCGGCACGAGCGCAUUUCAAAAAGAAGACUGCUUUUUUUUUAAAGAAACGAUCACCUGCCAUCAGCAAACGGCCACAAAAUAAUACAACGACGACAUAGACAGAGAGAAUAGCCCUAGAAUUACCGCAAAAAUUAUGGAAUUUUAAACGGUCCGAAUUCGAUGAGAAAAUGCGAUAUUUAUUGUUAGACAUAUUCCCGUUAUUAUUACCAAGUCAACCGAUCAAGAUGAACACAUUCGCUAAAAUGCAUUUUGAUGGAAGUUGUAGGCGACAAUUGUUCGCUCUGCUUAUCAUUUUAUUGAUUACCUGCAUGUGCAUUGCACCAAGCAAUGCUGCAAACAACAAACAUUCCGCUAGUACAAAGACUAAAAAAACGUCGGCGUCGUCGUCGUCAGCAGCGACUGCAUCGUCAUCGGCAGUGGCGGCAACGGCAGUUGAAACUCAACAGUUGUCAUCGACAGCCACAUCGAUCUCGUCACCAAACUACUUAUACUCACCGAAAAGCCAUUUACUUAAAUCAGCAUCAGUAACGAGAUCCGUCUCACUACCCGUCACAUCAUCCGAUAUUUUAGCUCAAUACACUCUGCCAAACGGCAGCUACUUCACGCAUAUGACAUUCGAUCGACGCAAUUCGAAUUUGUAUGCCGGUGCAUCGAAUCGAAUUUUCAAAUUCGAUUACAAUCUAUCGCUACUGGCACAAGCGAUAACUGGUCCGAAACAAGAUAAUCCAAUGUGUCAUGGCGUUUGUUCGGAAGACACUGAAACGCAUGAAACCACCAAUCACAACAAAGUGCUGGUGGUCAAUGAAGUUGGAUCGACGCUCAUUACGUGUGGCAGUGUUAUGCAAGGCUCGUGCACCAUAUAUCCAACGGAAAAAUUUCCAAAUUCACCGGAAUACAAGGAAAUUCCAUUGGCGGCCAACGAUGAACAUGCAUCGACGCUGGCAUUUAUCGGACCAUCACGGUAUACAUCGUGGAGCAAAGAGGAUGUUUUAUACGUUGGCGCCACAUUCACCAAUGUCGGUGACUAUCGACACGAAGUGCCGGCCAUUUCUUCACGCCAUUUAAAUACACUGGAAUUUGCUGAGUACAGUCUCACAUCGACCACUGUGCUCAACAUUGAUGUCAAUCAUCGUGAUCACUUUUUGGUCGACUACAAAUAUGGAUUCAAUACCAGUGACUAUGCAUACUUUGUGAUUGUACAGAAAAAAUCGCAUCUGGUUGAAGAGGCUGGCUAUAAUACGCGCAUUGCACGCGUUUGCGUCAGCGAUCAGAAUUAUAAUAGUUACACGGAAAUUACGUUGCAAUGCAAGAAACGUCUUAGCACGACUGAGAAUGAUGUCGAUGCCACGGAAAUUGACUACAAUAUUUUACGUGAUAUCAAAGUGACGACAGCCGGACAACGUUUGGCCCAACAAAUGGGCAUCAAGCGUGAUGACCUCGUUUUGGUUGCGGUUUUCUCGCCAUCCAAAGAAAUUACCAACGAACCACAAGCCAAAUCAGCCGUUUGCCUAUACAGUUUGAAGGAUAUUGACGAAACAUUCACCGAAAAUAUUCACAUGUGCUUCAAUGGCACCAUCAAAGAUCGUAAUAUGGGCUACAUCUCUGGUACGAUUCAAGAUGGAAAAUGUCCCGUAGCUGGGACCACCGGAAAUGUGUACAAUUUCUGCAAUGUUGGCUUGAAAAUCAGUGGCGUUUCGCCAAUUGUGUCAUACUCGCUAUUUGAUUUCGAAAAUGAGUCGAUUACAUCGGUGACGGCAGCGAUAACUGGGCCGCAUACAUUAGCAUUUCUCGGAACGACCAAUGGAUGGAUCAAAAAGGUGCUUAUAUCUGGCCCCGACCCUGGCGAAUAUGAGAGCGUUGAAAUCGAUCCAGGCAAUGCCAUCCUAUCCGAUACCAUGAUGUCACCAAAACAAGACUACCUCUACGUUUUGUCCAAGCAUAAGAUUACAAAAUUGCGUGUGGAGCAUUGCAGCAUUUAUACAAACUGUUCGAGUUGUUUGGAAUCACGGGAUCCAUUCUGCGGUUGGUGUUCACUGGAGAAAAAAUGUACCAUACGAAAUGCAUGCCACAAAGAUUCAUCGAAUCAGCGUUGGCUGUCAUUGGGUACGGGUCAUCAAUGUAUCGAUUUUGAAAUGGUACUGCCCAAUAAAAUACCAAUCAAUCAAAUGACAAGUGUACAGCUUGUCAUUCGCAUCCUGCCCGAGCUACCCACCAACGCAAAGUACAAAUGCGUAUUUGGCAAUUCAACACCGAUUGAUGCAACCGUUUUGGAAAAUGGUUUGUCAUGUCCAACGCCACCGAUCAUCAAUCGUCCAAUUAUUCCGGCACAAAGUGAUCAUGUGUUGGUGCCGUUGAGCGUUCGCAGUUCUGAGACCAAUAAAGAUUUUGUGUCGCGAAGUUUUGCAUUUUUCGAUUGUUCACGGCAUGACACGUGCCGUAAAUGUGUGCAAAGCGAAUGGAAUUGCAAUUGGUGUUUGUACGACAAUCGAUGCGUGCAUAAUACAACAACCUGCCGGAGUACAACAAGUGUCAUCACUGAAUCAACGUCGUGCCCACAUUAUAAACCGAGCGCUAACAAUGAACCGAUUUUAUUGGCGAAUCAAGUACCAAAAGAAAUUCGAUUGGAAAUUGAAAAUUUACCGCGCCCACUUAGCUCACACACCGGAUUCCUGUGCAUUGUUAAUAUCGAAGGUGCACACAUGUCAUUACCGGCUCGUGUUGAAUCGAAAAAAUUCAUCGUCUGCGAACGAACAACCUAUUCAUACGAAGCAUUGACCAAUGAAUAUGAGGCUCGCGUUGAUAUCUUGUGGAAUCGCAAUCAUUACAUUGAUACGGUACCAAUUAUUUUGUACAAAUGCGACGUGCUUGGAUCGCAUCGAGAACACGCCGAUUGCUCGCUGUGCGUUACAAGAGCCGCCAAAUAUCAGUGCACUUGGUGCGGUAACACCUGCAUGUACAAUGAGACCUGUGGUGCUGGUAUGGCCGUCAAUGAAUGCCCACGACCUAGAAUUGAUAUGAUAAAACCAUUGAGUGGUCCAAUGGAAGGUGGAACGCUAAUAACAAUCGAAGGUAGUAAUUUGGGUAUUCGAGCCGAAGAUGUGCGCGACAACAUUCGAAUUGGAAAUAUUCCGUGUGAAUUGGUCAACUAUGAGAUUUCGGUGAAAAUUGAGUGUCGAACUGGGCCAGCUGGCCAUGAGAUGUCAGCACCGAUUAAAGUUGGCAACGAGGCUGGAUUCACGGAAUCAAGUGUGAAAUUCUCAUACAAAGACAUUCAAUUGGAUGGACUUUUGCCACAAAGAGGUCCACAGAGUGGCGGUACCAAAUUGUCAAUCAUUGGCAAAUGGCUAAACAUCGGCUCAAGCAUCACUGCUUUCUUGGACAAUUAUGAAUGCGCGGUCAAUGGAAGCCAAGCAUCAUCGUCACAAAUCACAUGCAUCACAUCUGCAGCACAUCAUCCCCAAGAGAUUCGCGAACUGACACUCAUCAUCGAUGGGGCCAAUCGUACAUACACCUGUCGCAACGUACCGCCAACCGCAACGACAGGCGAUUUAGAAACUGAUUUAGAUUUGACUAAGGGUUAUAAUGGUUACUCCGACAUGAUUGGAUGCAGCAUUUUCAACUAUACUACCGAUCCAAGGGUGAUGCAAAUCAAGCCAUUGAAAAGUUUCUCAAGCGGUGGCCGAAUGAUUACGGUGCACGGAACGAAUUUGGAUUCAAUUCAAAAGCCUGAACUUGAAGUAUUCCUGAACGAUGAGCUCGUGAACAAAUCCGUUUGUACAGUGAUAACACCAAAUCAAAUGGAAUGUCCAUCUCCAGCUGUGAAUGGAAAAUUCAAUGAAUACCGUCGUCAAAUCGAAGUGAUCCAACAGCAAAUGGCAUCGGCAAUGCCAACCGCAUCACUGGACAAGCCAAUGAGCUUAAAAUCAGUGUCUGGCGAACGACGCAAGCGACAAAAUUCGUAUGCAGAAAGUUUAUACACGACAAUCGGCUACUAUACCUCAGCGGCGGCAGCGUCAACGCCAUGGUCGACACCGAUCAGUAGCAUUUAUGUGGAUGGAAUCGGAGCCACCUCACCAACAGCGUUGGCCAGUACGAGUUCAGAAGUGGAAAAUGACUUGAGCACCAGCAAUGACAUAGCGGCAUCGUUGAAAAUCCACGAAACUCAGCUAUCGUUGCAAGUCAGUUUUGUAAUGGACAAUGUUCAAUCGGUGCGUGAUUUGGAUAAACAUUUCCAAAAUUUGCGCUCGACCAUCAUUUACGUUGAUGAUCCCGUAUACUUUCCAUUCCCGAACAAUUUGAAACUGUACAAAGGCGAUACGUUGGUGAUCGAAGGGGAGAAAUUGAAUAUUGCCAGCGAUGAAACCGAUGUCAGUGUGACCAUCGGUCAAAAGCAGUGUAAUGUUACCAGUUUGGCAUUGACUCAAUUGGUGUGCACACCACCGGAACAACAGCCCGAAUCAACGGACGAACUUGGCAUCGAAACAUCAACCUAUUUACCAAUGGUGGUAGUACAUGUUGGUCGUACCCUUCGAUUCCCCAUCGGCUAUUUGAAGUAUGAACUGCUCAAACCAUACACAUUCUCGCAUGCUAUCGUUGGCAUUGCCAUCGGUUGUGCCAUUAUUGUGUGUCUUUUGUUCGUGAUUUUGAUUGUGUAUCGACGUAAAUCGACCCAAGCCGAACGCGAGUAUAAACGUAUUCAAAUUCAAAUGGACACACUCGAGAGCAACGUUCGAAUGGAGUGCAAGCAAGCAUUUGCUGAGUUGCAAACGGAUAUUGGCUUAACAGCUGAUUUGGAAAAUUCAGGCAUACCAACACUGGAUCAUAUCAGUUAUAUUAUGAAAGUAUUCUUCCCGGGCGUAUCGGAUCAUCCGAUUUUGAACUCACCGAAAUUACGUAUUCAAACGUCGAGGACCAAUUAUGACACGGCCAUGAUUCAGUUCGAACAAUUGAUCAACAAUAAAGUAUUCUUGUUGACAUUCAUCGAUACGCUCGAAGCACAAAAGUCAUUCAACAUUCGCGAUAAAGUAAACGUUGCUUCACUCCUGAUGAUUGUUCUGAUGAAUAAAAUGGACUAUGCCACCGAUAUUCUGAAAUGUUUAUUGCUGCGCUUGAUUGACAAAUCGGUGAUGACAAAGCAUCCCCAAUUGAUGUUGCGACGCACGGAAAGUGUUGUUGAAAAGAUGCUCACCAAUUACAUGGCAAUUUGCAUGUAUGACUACUUAAAAGAGUACGCUGGUUCGAGUUUGUACCUGCUAUUCAAGGCGAUCAAGCAUCAAAUCGAAAAGGGUUUAGUCGAUGCGGUCACCCAUGAGGCGCGCUACUCAUUGUCCGAGGAAAAAUUGUUGCGUGAACAAAUUGCCCAUAAUCUGGUUACCUUACACAUCGUUCAAGAGGAUUUGGAUGAGAAGAUCCAAUGCAAAGUGCUUGAUUGUGAUACAAUUUCGCAGGUGAAAUCAAAAAUACUGGAUCAUUUGUUCAAAAAUACACCGUUUUCGAUGCGACCAUCGAUACAUGAAGUGGACUUGGAAUGGCGUCAUGGCCGUGGCGGUCAUUUAACACUGCAAGACGAAGACUUAACCACUAAAACGAUUGGCGGUCAAUGGAAACGUCUUAACACACUGGCACAUUAUGGUGUAAAAGAGUCGGCGGUCAUGUCGUUGAUUGUACGUCAAUCGAAUACCGAAAUGUACAACAAUUCGUACAAUGCAAAACAGCAUCAGAAUCAUGGAUACUAUAUAAACAAUUCACAGUCACACAUUAUUAUGAACAAUGAUUUGGAUGGGUUACAGUCGCCGGCCGUGUCUGGCAUACGGUAUUUCCAUUUGGUUAAACCCAUGAUGUUCGCCACAAACAUCGAUGAUCAUCAUUUGAACAUCAAGAAUAUGGCAAUGUCGAUUGGUGUGUUGGGCAGCCAGGGUAUGCAAAUGCUUGGUUCAGCCGGUGGCGGUGUUAAUGAUCGUAGCGCCAAUAAAACCAUUCCAGAAAUCUUCCUCACACGACUGCUCGCCACCAAAGGUACCAUCCAGAAGUUUGUCGAUGACUUUUUCCAAACCAUUUUAACUGUGAACGAAGAUCUGCCGCCGGCCGUUAAAUGGCUUUUCGAUUUACUUGAUGAGGCUGCACAUCGGCAUGGCAUCGUCGACUGUGAAAUUAUUCACGCUUGGAAAUCGAACAGUUUGCCAUUGAGAUUUUGGGUGAAUUUCAUCAAAAAUCCCGAUUUCAUAUUUGACAUUAACAAAACAGUGACCGUGGACGCAUGCCUGAGUGUCAUUGCUCAAACAUUUAUGGACUCAUGUUCAACCACCGAGCAUCGCUUGGGAAAAGACUCACCGAGUAACAAAUUACUCUUUGCCAAGGACAUACCGCAGUACCGUGAAAUGGUAAAGCAAUUUUACCGUGACGUAGCUCAACUUCCUCAAAUCAGUGAUCAUGCCAUCAGCAGUAUAAUGCAACAACUUUCAACCAACGAUGAAUUUGAUACCAUCGCCGCAUUGAAGGAGCUAUACAUUUAUGUGACGAAAUACAGGGAUCAGAUUCUCGAUGCAUUGAACAACGAUGCCAACUGCAUAAAGGGUCAUUUGGCCCAUAAACUGGAGAAUGUUGCAUGCACGCUGGAAGGUGAAGAGACGUCAGCCUGCUGACAACAAGAGUCGCAACCAGCCAAAACUAUGCCACAGCAAACGAAAUAUCGCAGCGGCCAUAACCAUCAAAUGAAUGCAACAAGCCGAAGGCGUAGACGGUCUGGUAUGGAGGAUACUGAUUUAGGAGAAGAAGCCGAUGACGAUUCUUCGCGCAAGAGUGAUAGAAGCGAAGACAGUGAUUUCGAAAUAGACGAUAUUUACAUAAAGAAACAAUUAAUAUUCGGUAACAAAUAGAUAUUGAUGUAGCUGGACAAGUGCAUUUUGUUAAGAGAAUAAAAAGAAAAACAGAAAAAAUCGCUCAACAGAACUGAAACCGUUUGGAACAGAGAGAAUCGACAGUCAGGGGAUCAAAUGAGGGAAAACAAAUCGGUUGAGAUAAGACGAUAGAAACAGCAAAUGAACGAACGAAAGAGCGAGCGUUUUGUUCCUAGGGCUAGCGCAAAGUUUGCAAAUCUACCACAAAAAAGCUGCUCCACAACACAAGUGUCCACCUUUAAGCAUAGAUUUUUUUAGGCUUAGUGUAUUGAGAUCAAAUAUUUUAUUCAAUGAAUGUAUACUAUACAACACAUCUUUUGUUGGUUUGUUUCUGUCAUCUCUCUCAAAAAUGUGGAUUUUAAGCUAAAAAAAACAUAAAUUCUUCAUUAUUUUUCUUUUCUUGACGCAUAGAAAAAGAAAACUGUGUAAAAUAAUUUUAUUUUUAAGCGAUAUAUUUAGUUUUGACUUAUAGUCGUGCCACCGUGACAAAAAAACAAACAAACAAACAAAUGGUUAACGCAACGUUUUCAAGACAGGCGAAUAAAUUUUUGCGAAUUAUUUACCGUAUUCAGUUAUAAUUAAACAAAACAAAAACUAUAUGUAGAUCGUAUGUAUUACCGAUUUGAUUGAUUGAUAUAUUAAAUGUAAAGAAGGAGAAAAAGGUGAGGAAGGAGAAAAAAACAAAUUUUAGACAUUAGCGUGCUUUUACGAAAUAUACUUAUCACUAAUUUCUUUGAUGUGAACCAUGAAUGUAAUUGCUAUAAAAAGAAAAUUGAACGCUAAAAGCCCCUCCGCCACUAUCGAAAUUGAUACAAAACAAAAUUUAUUAGUCACAACCAUUGGAAUCGAUGUCGAUGAUACCACAACACACAACUCAUACCACAUCGUUGAAAAUAUAUUUAUGAAUCGAAAACGAUAUCGAUAUUCUCUGUCAAUCAUUUUACCGUAUUUAAUAUUUAAGCAAAAUGCUCACAAAUUCAUUUUAAAAUUAGAAUUCUUCUUCUCUUUUUUUUUGUUCAUUGUAUUUGCCACGGCAUUUUUACAACAAAAACAAACUUCGAUCAAAAUCGAGUUUUAAUUAGAAAAAUUCAAAAACAACAAAAAAACACAUAUAUUUUUACUCUAAAAAUUAUAUAAAUAAAAACGGCGAAUGCAAGAAAUUUAUUGCGACAAAAAUUUAAA